AGAGUGGCCUUCUCUCCAGCCUUUCCUUGACCGACUUCUCCAGGCUUUUCCAUUCUGGGAUGGAUGUGUUCGCUGUAGCAGGAGAGAAUGGAGACUAUAGACAACAGAGGAGCUCUGCUCUCUCAACUACAGACCUGUACGGUUAUGACAGAGGCCAUGUCUAUGGAGGCUCCUGUCUCUGUCUCUCGUCAUCCUUCAGCGUGUUAUGCUGUACCUCUUCAGAUUGGAGCCGGAGCCCCUCAGCAUCUUCAGGCCGUCUCCUCUCUGCAUGCUGGGGUAAACAGGUGGAGCUUCGGUGCGGCUGAGGGCCGUGAACGGCCCUGCAGUAGUGCUAAUGAAGAGAGCCAGAGGAGGGCCAGGGCCUCCCCAGUCCACCGGACAGGGACUCCUACUCUCACUCCCGCUGCCUUGGAACGGGAUAGCCUGCAGCAGGGAUUGGAAGGAGAGGUGGAAGAGUGGGACUCGUGUCAUCAAUCAGGGUCUGGGGUGGGAGUGUCUGAUAGGUGGCUGGAGAGAGCUCUACCUCUGCGUAGAGCGAGGGAAGAGGGAGGACUCUAUUGGGGUGAGGAGGCCUGGUCUGGACCUGGGGACAAAGACGAGGAAAGGAACCGAGCCCUCCAGCAGACACCUGUCCUCCUGGUCCAGCAGGCUGAUGUAUAUACCGUUGGGCCGGAGGGGCUACCGAGGCCUGCUAACAAGAGCCCAGGUGUCCUGUCAGGCCUACCUGAUGGCUGCAGGGUCCUGGGAGGGGUCCUGGCAACUGACUGCUGCAGAGGGGACCUGUCCAGGGCCGGAGCCCGCUACGGUGGCCCUGCAGGGACCUCAUUAGGCACUGCUGUAUCCUAUCUGCAGAGAGGAGACGGAGGAGGAAUAGACGGGUGGACGGAGGAACGAACGGACCGUGCCCACCUCCCACAGGCCAGCAGCAGCUCAACAUACACACAGACCUCUCCCUCUCGGUUUGACACACACACUCCCUCUAUGUCUCAGCUCGACAAUCACAGCCAGGCAACACACACUGCCACUCGGCAGGACAGACACAGACGUAGCCAGGCGGUACGCGGCCUACCGCUAGAGGCUUUGGAGGGGCAGUUCAGUCGUGUCAUGAUGGAUCGAUCCAGGAUGACGGUGGUGGGCCACAGGGAGAACGACAAGGAGGGGGAGGCUGGGGCUAGGAGGGAAGAGGUGGAGCAGAGCUUCAGGCUGGGCACUCUGGUCAGCAGGGUGUUUAGGGAGGAGGAGAAGCAGUUCUCUGUCUCUGGACUAAGUGUUCUGGUUAGAAGGGUAUGCCAGAUCUCUGGGAUUGGAGGGGAGCAGGAGCUAGACUCUCUGGGGGAAGAGGUCUCUGGGAUGGGUUCUCUGGUCAGCAGGGGGCCCUCCUGGAUGUUUCCGGACACAGGCAGUCUCCGCAGCUCCACCCCCAGGAUCCUGCAGCAGGUCUGGGAAGGUACAGGAGUUCUGCAUCCUGGAGCUGGGGGAGGAGCCAGCUCCAACUGGUCCAGUCAGGUUGUGAGGGAAAGUCAGGUGCUGUCGGUGGUCAAAGAUAGCCAGGUCUUCUCAUUGGUCAGAGAGAGUCGCAUGUACUCCCUGGUCCGAGACAGUCAGGUGUUCUCUAUGGUCAGUGAGCUGCCGUUUGUGCAUCACAUCAGCACAGAGCUAACUCAAGACAUUCACAAUGAGCUCACUCAGGUUCUUCAGCCAGUGGAAUCAACUGGACUCCAGCAGAAAGCUAUUGACCUCAACACAACACCAGAAAUAAAACUGCCCCUAGUCCACAACACUGUCCUCAGCACAGUACCAAGCCUGUACCCAGCCCACAACACCAUAGAAUUUGCAAAUAAACAGAGCACAGGUAAAGAAGUGGAUUGGAGAGCAGAGGACCAGAGUCCCAUCAGUGAACUGGCUUGUACAUCGGAGCAGGAGGGUAGAGAGGAAGCUCUAGCUAAGUCGGAGGAACAGAGUCAUGUCAGAGAACUACAGUGUACAUCAGAGCAUGAGAGUGGAGAGGAAGCUAAGUCGGAGGAACAGUGUCCCAUCAGAGAACUGGAGUGUACAUCAGAGAACAAGGGUGGAGAUGAAGCUCCCGCUAAGUCAGAAGAACCAAGUCACAUCAGAGAAGUGGAUUGUACAUCAGAGAACGCGGGUGGAAAUGAAGUUUUAAGGAAGUCGGAGGAACAGUGCCCCAUCAGAGAACUAGGGUGUACAUCAGAGCAGCAGGUCAGAGAGGUGGCUCUACCUAAGUCAGAAGAACCAAGUUCCAUCAGAGAAGUGGAGUGUACAUCAGAGCUGGAGGGCAGAGAGGAAGCUCUACCUAAGUCAGAAGAACCAAGUUCCAUCAGAGAAGUGGAGUGUACAUCGGAGCAGGAGGGCAAAAAGGAAGCUCUAGCCAAGUCAGAAGAACCAAGUCCCAUCACAGAAUUGGAGUGUACAUUGGAGCAGGAGGGCAAAGAGGAAGCUCUGGCUAAGUCGGAGGAACAGAGUCCCAUCACAGAAUUGGAGUGUACUUCAGAGAACGAGGGUGGAGAGGAAGCUCUAGCUAAGUCGGAGGAACAGAGUCCCAUCACAGAACUGGAGUGUACAUCAGAGCGGGAGGGCAGAGAGGAAGCUCUGGCUAAGUUGGAGGAACAGAGACCCAUCAGAGAACUACAGUGUACAUCAGAGAACGAGGGUGGAGAGGAAGCUCUAGCUAAGUCGGAGGAACAGAGACCCAUCAGAGAACUACAGUGUACAUCAGAGAACGAGGGUGGAGAGGAAGCUCUAGCUAAGUCGGAGGAACAGAGACCCAUCAGAGAACUACAGUGUACAUCAGAGAACGAGGGUGGAGAGGAAGCUCUAGCUAAGUCGGAGGAACAGAGUAUAACCAAGGAGGCGCAGUGGCCAUCAAAGGACCAGAUCGAGAUCGUGGAGGACCAACAUUGUGUCACUUGUGGAGCCAAGAGCACCAAGUCACAGCCCCCUCCAGAGCAGCGUAACAACACCAGUUCCACAGGCCCAAAGAAUAUCUUUAUUCCUGGGCAUGGGAAUCAGAGGACUGAUGAUGUUCUGGUGUAUUAUGGGAGCCUGGUGGAGUUCCCAGGGGCUCUUGUUAAACUCCAGUCCCUUCCCGUAUCCACCCUCCUGGGCUGUCUCCAGUCCGUCCUCCCCUCCGUCUUCACCUCACAGAGACUACUGGGUCUCUACUGGCUGGGCGUGACUAACUGCAGCCAGCCCCACCCACGCCUCGCCCUUGUUCUCCUAUUGGAGUCCUGCCUCUACGCCCUGACCUUUGACCCUGACACGCCAGAUCAGACCACGUCUCUGACAGUGUUCCACCACCUCCCCCUGCUACAGGUUAAGGAGAUCCUGGUGGGUUUUGGCGGUCAGAGCCUGCGUCUCAAGGCCUCCAGUGAGGAGUGUGUCCUCACCCUCUACACCCACAGAGAGAAGCCUCAUCUGGGAGAGGUUAGACUGCUGCUUUACACCAGCGUUGGUGUGACAACGACCCCUGACCCCAGACCUGAACCCUGGGCCCAGCUCCUCCUCACAGACACACACCUGGGACUGGUGCAGGAGGAUACAGUGUUCCACCCCGCCCCCCACCACGUCCCCCUGCUGUCCCGCCAGGCCCAGUUCAAGGGGGUGACCCUCCGUUGCCUCUCCGACGUCCGCUGUGUGAUAGUCCGAGACGGGUUUGGGAGCUCGACCAGUUCUUAGGUGGGGCAACCAGGCUGGACAUCAUCCUGUCUCAGGACUGGAGGACCAGGAGAGAGAGGCCUAGAGGUCACCCUGAAAGAGGUGCUGUUGCUGAAGCUGAUGGAAGUGCCGUAGGGGGGGUAGCUGGAGCUAGUGUCCUGUCUGCUGCCUCUAAUUCAUGUCCUCCUCCGCAGCAGGCUGAAGUAUGGAAAUUACAUUUCAGCUGCUCCUCCGAGGCCGCCUGUCUGAUUAAUCACUUGUCAAACGUCUGAAUGGUCACUGAUCAAGGACUAGAGGACUGGACAGAACAUAAUGAACUACAGAACAGGGACCAGUUCUGUCCGGUCCUAACUCUCAUCGAGAGGACGGCAAGGUGUGUGUUUGCUCACGGAGUGGCAGUCAAGGGUCCAAUGUAUCUCAAACAAACAAUGGAGAAUAUCGCUACCAUUAAACUCUUUAGGGCCAGUUUCCCGAACACAGACUAACCCUAGUCAUGGACUUAACAGCAGGCUCAAAAGACAACCUCCUUAUUCCUUAUAGUCCAGGGAACAGGCCCAUAGAGUAUAGUAAUACAUUGAUGAUGUGUUUAAGUUUUGGUGAAUGUUUCCAUGCACAUAGUUCUAGGCAAUUUCUAAAUCAAAUGUUCCACUUUCACGUUCAUUUAAAGAGACUCCGGGACAUGACGUCGUAGUGGUCCUUAGUGGGUCAAUUUCCGCAAAAACUAAGAGCAUUGAAACGUGAGGCUCAACUUCUCCGCUGUCUUGAUGCCCUAGCUACCAGCGAACACAUGCGCAUGAGCAGAUAUUGUGUGUGACUGAGAGGGAAGUCCUGAAUCUCGCUCAUCUCAAUAUUUGCGGAGCUGCUUGUGGCCACAUCAUUUCGCAGUCUACCUUUUUAAGUCUUUCUGAAAUGCACUAUAUUUGUUUCUCUUCUGUUCAAGGCUGUGUGUUAUUGUUAGUCUGUUCAUACUGUUUUUGUUCACCUUGUGGAGGGAAUACAGGACACUUGGUUCUACAGAAUGUAAGCCAUUUUAAGGGAAGAUGUGAAGGGCACAAAUAAUUGCAGGGUAAGCUUUUUAAGCAUAUUUGAACAUUUGACCACAAAACAGACCCGUGUUAAAUAUUUUUUUUUAAAUAGCGUUUUAUGGACGUGUGUGUAAACGAUGAAUGUAUUUUAUACCAAAUAAAGUCAUGCAAUUGAAAUUAAAUAUAUUUUGAAUAUUUGCCUGUCAUAAUUUGACACUCGUGUGUAAAAAUACAUGUAUUAAAAUGAUCAUGUUUACAAUGCUGCAGGUGGCAAGGCUGUUUGUUUUUGUUUGUAAACUAAUAAAAGUAAUUAUUUUUU